AUGAAUAUUCCACAAUGUUUUUUGGUUGGGCGACGCAACAAAUUUGUGAUGAAAACUGAGAAAACAAACCUUUUUUGUGAUUUUUUCAAAGCUUUUUCUUAUGUGGUUCUUCGAAAAUGUUCAAAAAAUGAAGAACUGCAGAAAAAACAUCACAAGUUCGAAAAAUUUAAGUAUAAAGUGAGUUUGAAAAAAAGGAAUUGUUAAUAUUAAAUAAUAUUUAGAUAUGUACUGAUUCGGAAUUCAUAAAACAUGUCGAAGAAUGUUGUGAAAAAGCAAAAUGGCAUGUUAUUUAUGGAAUGUUAGCUAUAUUUGAAGUUUGUAUGAUAAAAUCGAAUGAAGAACAAAUUGUAUCAUUUCGAAUUGCUAUUAGUUAUAAUGAAAGGUUUGUUCGAGAAAUACAUGUAAAUUGAAUUUGUUUUUUUUCAGUGAAGAGCAAGAUGAGAGAUUAAAAAUGUGCAGAGUUUUGGAAUCGAUCGAAAAUUUCGAAUUACCACAAGAAACUAAAAUUCGAUUGAAUACUUCAAGUAAGAUUUGAAAAAAAUUUGUGAUCUACCGCAAAAAUUUGAGGUCUAGUGACACUGUAAGAUUUAAAUUGUCGACUGUGAGAUAAACAUUAAAAUUCCUCAGCUUUUUCAAUAAUUGAAAAAAAUGAAAUUGAACCAAGUUCAGUUUUCCUGUAUUGUUAAAUUCAGCAAACGGGUGCAACUUAGGAAUGCAAAUUUCAAUAUUUCGCUACAGUAAUCAAAUGUUUUUAUCCCUGGAAUUUGUGUACUGUAUUUAGUUUGGCAUUUUCUUCCAUAAACACAACUAUUUCAGAAUUUCGACCUCGUAUUCGUUUACUCACAAAACAUUCAACCGAAUCAUCAGAAUUCGAUUAUUCAGAUCUUAUUUCCAAUAUUUCUAUACCACUAACUGAUUCUUUCUUUACUAGUAAAACAAAACUUUCCUUUUUUGUAUGUAAUUAG